AUGUGUCUCGUGGCGGAAAGCGUCGAAGUUGCUAAGCGAUGGACUGCAGCACUGAAAGAUUGUCUUUUCUUGUUGUCUGUUGAAUUCAAGACUCUGCUUAACUUGAAACUUCACGAAGGCUGCAAGUUGAAGCCCAUGUGCGCUGCAUAUUAUCAUUUGGACUUGUUGAUAGGCUGUGACACCGGUCUCUACUUGCUCCGUAACGGAAGUGACAUACUCGCUAAGCUCCCGAUUCUGAAUUUGACGGCCGUUCAAAAGAUCUUCGUUGAUGCUGAAACGUCAACAGCUAUUGCCAUUGCAAGUGAGUUGUUUAUGCUAAAUUUUUUUUAGCA